ACAUUAAAAAUUAAGAACUUCAUAAUGUUAGAAAAAUAUAUUUUUUACUGGGUUGCAUUAGAUGCAUGUGUUGUUACCAAUGAAUGUACAACGGUGAACAAUUAUUAAGAUGAAUCUCUUUCAUCUAAGGUGUUCAGGUAAAGCCUCAGAUGGUGGAUGUGGGGACUCAAACCGAAAGGUUUGAGCAUCGCAGAUCAACUCCACUGGCCAGUCCUGAACAAAGUGAUGAUGAAUGGUCAUUUUCUGAUAUCAUCAAUCAUUCUGGUGAUAUGUCAUGGAGUCCAGGGGAGGAGAUGUUGAGCGAGUCCUCUGAGGAGGAACCAGAAGAGCUGGAAUCUCUCACUGACCCAAAUGCUGUUGACAAGUUCAUUGUUUGCCAGAGGCAGUUGCUGUCCUUGUUCACGGUUUGCUCUGCAUGCUGCGGGGAAACCCAGGGACACAUAAUGCACCCGGAAGGAACUUUCAUAAAAGUCAAGCAGGCCUGCGGAACUUGUGGUUAUGAGCGUUACUGGCAAAACCAAGAGAAGGUGCAUCGAAACAUGCCUGCCUGCAACCUUUUACUCAGCGGUGCCAUCCACUUCUCAGGUUGCAUGGCUACUCAGACAAUCAGGAUGCUGAAGCUGUUUGGACUGCAGUGCAUAAGUCCCGGGACUUUUUUCCGCCAUCAGCGCUAUUACACUAUCCCUACCAUCGUGCAGGCCUGGAGGACUGAGCAGAGGGGGAUCAUCAGGGAGUUGAAGGAGACUGGGGGUGGAUUGAUCCUGUCUGGUGACUGCAGAUCAGAUUCUCCUGGACACUGUGCCAAAUAUGGUAGCUACUCCUUGAUUGAGGAUCGAAUUAACAAAGUUUUGGAUGUUCAGCUUGUCCAAAGCUCAGAAGUCCCAAGCAGCUCUUGGUGUGAGCUAGAGGGUCUAAAGCGGAGUAUGCAGUUCCUGAUGGACCAAGACAUGCAAGUAUCUGCUCUGAUAACAGACAGAAAUCGGCAGGUAAUGAUGCUAGGAGAGAUCUAAAGCUGAACAGCAUUGACAGGCACAGUAUCACUCAAAAUAAAUUCUACAUUCUAUAAAAUCAAUUUGUGU